CCCCGAGUCCCAAGUCCCGGGUCCCGGAACGUGAGCAUUAAGUCAAGCGGAGGCUCCGGCAAAGCCACCUUGGUCCGGGCUGGGGCCGGGGCGAGCGAGCGGGCUGCGCGGCGUUCCCGGCGGUUAGGGGAGCGGCCGGGUCCGCCCAGUAUGUCGGAAGCAGGUGAGGGCGAGCCUCCCAUGGGAACCACCUGCCCGGCAGAGAACCAACACGAGGCUGUCCCCCCGAAGGUCCUAGACCAGAAGGAGCACAGGCUGGAUGGCCAUAGCAUGAACCCCAAAAGUGCCAUGACUGUGAAGAAGGAUCACGUGAAGAACAUCUUUGUUGCGGGUCUGAGCCCCAAAGCUGCAGAGGAGAGGAUAGGGAGUACUUUGGCAAGUUUUAGGAGAAGUGGAAGGAGAUAGCCUCAUUAGACACGUGACUACAAGAUGGAUGUCCUUGCUCCAAGCCAUAGAAAAGAUACUAAACUGUUUGCCUGCCAUAAAAUCAUACUUUCAAAAUGUA